CAGAUUUUACAACAAAAGCAUGUUUGUAAACACCUGUUUCGCGCCGCCACGUGUCGUCCCAUGACGCGGCUGUUAGAUUUUAUCCCUAACAGUCGCUCACCAUCUUUCCGCAAUAAUACAGUCAUCCAUCGGUUGUAACACGUCUGUGAUGAUCUCACUACAUCACAGGCAGUAGGAGAGACCAUGUCGGCAAAUUACUAUAAACUCUUAUUUAAGUGACGACGAUUGUGCCAACACAGAGUAAAUUAGUCACCUACUCGAGAGUGGUUUAGCUUUUUCGUUCCGUACAUCUUCUUCUUCUUCUUCCCAGAAAUAUGGCUGAGGCUUCUGACUUGUUGGAAUGGCCUAAGAAGGACAACCGUCGUUUUCUCCAUGUUGUUUACCGCGUUGGUGAUCUUGAUCGCACCAUUGCGUUUUACACUGAGUGCUUUGGUAUGAAGCUGUUGAGGAAAAGAGAUGUCCCUGAGGAGAAGUAUUCUAAUGCUUUUCUCGGUUUCGGACCUGAAACAUCUAACUUUGUUGUGGAGCUCACAUAUAACUAUGGUGUUAGCUCAUAUGAUAUUGGAACUGGAUUUGGGCAUUUUGCCAUUUCAACUCAAGAUGUUUCCAAACUGGUUGAGACCGUCCGUGCCAAGGGUGGAAAUGUCAGUAGGGAACCUGGUCCGGUCAAAGGUGGAGGCAGUGUCAUUGCGUUUGUGAAGGACCCUGAUGGCUACACUUUUGAGCUCAUCCAGAGAGGUCCAACUCCUGAACCUUUCUGCCAAGUCAUGCUUCGUGUCGGUGAUCUCGACCGUGCCAUCAAAUUCUAUGAAAAGGCCCUGGGGAUGAGACUCUUGAGAAAGAUUGAGAGGCCUGAGUACAAGUACACCAUAGGCAUGAUGGGAUAUGCUGAAGAAUAUGAGUCGAUAGUUUUGGAGCUGACCUAUAACUACGGCGUGACUGAGUACACAAAGGGCAAUGCAUAUGCACAGAUUGCAAUAGGCACAGAUGAUGUGUACAAAAGCGGUGAAGUUAUUAAGAUAGUCAACCAAGAGCUAGGAGGAAAGAUCACUAGAGAACCCGGACCUCUUCCUGGACUCGGCACCAAGAUUGUCUCAUUCCUUGAUCCAGAUGGCUGGAAAACGGUUUUGGUGGACAACAAAGAUUUUCUGAAGGAACUGGAAUGAGGAGAGCGAUAAUGUUCGAGAUCACAAAACCAUAAUAAUAAAAAUGUGAUCAUGGAAUAAAGGAAAGACUUAGUGUUUGAUCUAAAAUAAGAUGAUGUCGUUAAGUUUGUGUCGUGCUAUGUGUGUGCUCGUUUCUUUUGUCCCUUAAGCUAAACUCUAUGGACCUGAAUAAAAAAUAUUUCCACCACCUUGAGCUUGAGGUUUUGGUGUUUUUAGGUUAUGGACGGUUUUAGUAGAAAAUAAUAUUUCAGUACCAAAUCGGUUUACUCGA